GCUCGCUCAUUUGUAAAGAAGGUUGUUAAAUUGUUGUUUGUUUCAAUUUAAAAAAAAGUUAAAUUUAUUAAUAAUUAUUGAAAAUUAUAUUGACGAGUGAUUUGUUUUAAUCGUUGAUAUAUUUUAUUGUGUGCCAUAUAUUUGCAUUUUUAUUAUACUAAAAAGCUUGUUAGAUUAAAUUUAGACAUUGGAAAUUCUAUUGUAGCUUAUCCCUUAAUUUUUUUAGAAUACACAUAAGAGUAUAUUUUAUAUUUCUAAGAAAUUGUUGGCUCUUGCGUUAAUUCUAUGAAAUACUGUUAGCGUUAAAUUGUGCGAUUAUUAACCCGGUUGCUCAUUAAUUUAAUUUAAGUAAAUUUUAUUGAAAGAGAUUAACAAAUUGUUGGUGGUGUAACGAUUUUACAUCUAUGAAUAAAUCUGUUGAAACUGAUGUGUUUUUUAUUUACUGAAUGUCGAAAACGUAGUACCUUCUAAUCGGGUGGAUGCUCUACAAUUUUAAUAAUUGCCGAGUUACACACAGCCUGCAGAGAUUGGUUCAACAUGUCUUAAAUUGCCUUGUCAGGUGUGACUUACAUAAACUCCACUUUCGUUAUUAAAUGGUAAAAACUAUAUUCACAGUUUAUAACAAAUCGCAUAACAACUAGGUGACCAAUGUGUUGUCCCCUCCAGAUUAUAAAAAUGUAGUAUUCACCACUACGGUCGCCAUGGUAACUAGUAAAUAAGAACUAACAUUUUCACUUGUUUACAAGAAUGCCUAUAAUAAUCAAGGACUUUACAUGGAGGCAGACAGAAGAUUAUGUAAUAGUACGAGUUCCCCUCCACAACGUCCUGACUCAUAAAGUGGACCUAUUCACUUCCGAUACGUACAUCAAGGUGCAUUUCCCCCCAUUUUUAUUUGAAGCGUGCCUGUAUGAUUUUAUCAAUGAGGAGCAGAGCAAAUGCACACUUGUCAAAGGUGAAGCGGUUUUUGAACUGCUCAAAACGGAGAAAAACGAAUGGCCUGCUCUUACGAAGGAUGUCUCAAAGCGUGAAGUGAUUCGCAUUAAGGAAGAGGCCAUAGAAAGAGCGCAUAAAAAAUGCGAGGAAAGAAAAAAAAAUAUGACAAAAUUGAAAAAUGAAAGAAGGAGAGAAUGCGUAAAGAAACAGAUGGAUUUAAGUGCAGAAUCGAGGAAACAAGUGGAAAAUGUAAAAAAAGAAAAUAAGAUAGCCGCUGUUACUGAUGUCAUGGCAUGGAAAGAAAAGGAAACGGAUGAUGAUAAAAUUUUAUUGCCACUGUGGAAAAAGAUGACCAGUAAAUUAGGCCCUGUGAAGGGACAAACUAAACCGAAUCAAUCAAUUAAUCUACCGGCCAAGUCUCAGAAACCAACAUCAGAAGUACCACCACCAAGAGCUUUUGGCAAAAUAUCCUGUGACUUUACGUACAGGGCUUUUCCAACACCGUGUCGAGAGUCAAAAAUGAACGAAGAAGAGGAGUGGCUUAAACAACAAGCAGCUGCAAGAAGAGCUACCGGUUUUGUAGCUGAGGACCUGCGACCAGAAGAAAAUGAUCCUAUGUGGCUUUUGGAAAAAGGAUUACAUUUUCACAGUGUUGGGAAUUAUCUUGGAGCUGUGAGCGCAUUCUCACACGCGAUUAAAACUUGGGAUAAAAUUCCUGAUCUUUACGUUGCUAGAUCUCAUUCACAGCUAGCUCUAGGCAACUGGAGACGUGUCCUCUUGGAUACUACAAAAGCGAUAGAGCUGUGCCGGCCACAUGUAGCCAGUAAUGCUGAAAUGCGCUUCGACUCUCAUUUGAACAGGGGAAAAGCACUGUUGGAAAUUGGCAAAGGGAAAUCUGCUUUGGCUGAUUUCAUCGAGGCGUAUGAACUGAAACCGUAUUAUGCUCAAUUGGAAUACUUGAUGGACCGAGCGGAAAACAUGGAAGAGGCAAAAGAAGAACUUCCCCCAACGUCAUACAUCGAACCUGCAGACCUAGCCAAUUGAUCAACAAAUAAUUUAAUAAAAAUUAAUAAAUCUUUGGGACAAAAUACUGCUAAUUUCU